AUGUUGGCCACCAAACAUCAUCGUGUGCUGCGCCAACCCUUUCCUCCAAGCCGAUGGUUGAGCGCGCUCGUAAACGACGCGACUUCUCCAAUCCUUACAUCCGCUGCGCGUAAACUGGCUUUUCGUGAAGAGCUAGAUCAGGCUCGAAAGCGCGCGCUAGACGGAGGUGGUGCGGAUCGUGUGCAAAAGCAGCAUGAGAAAGGAAAGCUUACGGCACGCGAGCGUCUUGAGCUGCUUUUGGACAAGGGCACAUUUCGUGAGUAUGACAUGCUCAAGUCGCAUCGGUGCUCGGAUUUUGGUAUGGAAAAGCAGCAAUACCCCGGAGAUGGCGUCGUCACUGGACGAGGGCUAAUCAAUGGACGCCUUGCAUUCGUCUUUAGCCAAGAUUUUACUGUAUUUGGAGGCAGUUUAUCCGAAACUUAUGCUGAGAAGAUUGUCAAAGUCAUGAAGAAAGCUAUGGAUCUGGGAGCGCCCGUAAUUGGACUAAAUGACUCGGGUGGUGCACGUAUUCAAGAGGGUGUGGCAUCAUUAGCCGGUUACGCUGAUAUUUUUCAGCUCAACGUGCUAGCGUCAGGGGUCAUUCCGCAGCUUACCAUGGUCAUGGGACCUUGUGCUGGUGGUGCUGUGUACUCACCUGCUAUGACAGAUUUCAUCUUUAUGUGUCGUGACUCGUCUUAUAUGUUUGUGACUGGACCUGAAGUCGUCAAGACGGUGACGAACGAAGAGGUUUCCCAGGAAGAGCUCGGUGGUGCAUCCACUCAUACCAAGAUUUCGGGUGUAGCACACUGUGCAUUUGACAAUGAUGUUGAGGCAAUUCGAGAAAUGCGUCGCUUCUUUGAUUUCUUGCCACUGAAUAACAAAGAAAAAACACCGAGGCGCCAGUCAUAUGACAACCGUCACCGCCCUGUACCUACGCUCGAGAGCAUUGUGCCACCAGAUCCGAAUGUGUCGUACAAUAUGAAAGACAUCAUAUAUCAGAUCGUAGAUUCGUUUGACUUUUUUGAAAUCAUGCCCGACUACGCAAAAAAUAUCAUUGUUGGAUUCGGACGAAUGGAAGGCCGCGUAGUCGGCAUACUUGCAAAUCAGCCCAUGGAGCUCGCUGGCUGCCUAGAUAUCAACUCAUCGGUCAAAGGAGCUCGCUUUGUACGCUUCUGUGAUGCAUUUAACAUCCCUAUCAUCACACUCGUGGAUGUUCCUGGAUUUCUCCCUGGUACAGAUCAAGAAUAUGGUGGUAUUAUCCGUCACGGUGCCAAGUUAUUGUAUGCCUAUGCUGAAGCAACGGUACCAAAGAUCACGAUCAUUACGCGUAAAGCUUAUGGUGGAGCUUACGACGUCAUGAGCUCUAAACAUCUUCGCGGCGACAUUAACUACGCGUGGCCUUCGGCUGAGAUCGCCGUGAUGGGGGCUAAAGGCGCUGUGGAAAUCAUUUUUAGAGGGCAGAACGUGGAAGUAAACACUGCAGAUUAUGAGAGAAAGUUUGCCAAUCCCAUGGUUGCGGCCCAACGGGGUUUUGUAGACGACAUUAUCGAACCUGUGAACACUCGCCGUCACAUUUGCGAGGAACUUGAUGCACUGGAGACCAAGAAUAUCAAUAAUCCGUGGAAGAAGCACGGAAACAUUCCACUUUGA